AUGGUCGGGAAGCGUGACGAGCGCAAGAGGGUCAAGCCAGAGCAGUCCCAACAACAACAGCCCGCUACCUCCCGGCGCAGGGCCUGCGGCCUCAACGAUGCGGUACCUAGGUCCCCUCCCCCGGGCCUGAACUCCUCUCGGACCGAAAUAUUUCUCCAUAUCAAGGAGAAAGGCCUUCUCAAAGACCCCUACCCAAUGAGGAGUCCGCGCAAGCUCGCGGACCGCUCUAAAUACUGCCGUUUCCACCGGCAGCCCGGUCACGACACCGAGGAGUGUCGAGAAUUAAAAAGGCAAAUUGAGGAGCUCAUCCGCCGAGGGCACCUCGGCUCAUACCUUCGACCAGACAAGGAGCUCUCGCCACGCCCGGAGGGCCCCAUCGAGCGACACAUAGAUGUCAUAAUCAGCGGCCCGACGUCCGGAGGGAGUUCCAUGGCGGGCAGAAGGGCAUACGCCAGGGCCUCCCGGGCUGAAGAUUCCAAACCUGAAAAAGGCCCCGAAGUCACCUUCCCGACCGACGGACCUGAACUAGCCGAGCAUGACGACGCGUUGGUAAUAUCAGCCAGAAUCGCCAACAUGCAAAUCAGGAUGGCACCCGAAGAUCAAGAACAUACAGCCUUCCUCACCGAGCAAGAGAUAUAUUUUUACAAAGUUAUGCCGUUCGGGUUGAAAAAUGCCGGGGCAACCUACCAGAGGACGGUGAACCGGAUGUUCGCCCACCAGAUCGGACGAAACAUGGAGGUGUACGUCGACGACAUGAUCGUAAAGAGCCGAACGGCGGAGGCUCAUCCUUCCGACCUGGCAGAAACAUUCGACACUCUGCGGAGGUUCGGCCUGCGCCUCAACCCCGCCAAAUGCGCCUUCGGCGUAACCUCGGGAAAAUUCCUCGGAUUCAUCAUACACGAGAGAGGGAUCGACGCCAACCCGGAAAAGAUACAGGCCAUCAUUGACAUGCGGCCUCCUCGGACGUUCAGAGACCUACAGCGCCUUAACGGGAGGCUAGUCGCUUUAUCGCGUUUCCUCUCCCGAUCGGGAGAUCGCUGCCACUCAUUCUUCCAGGCCCUGAAGGAUCCGAAGAACUUCCGAUGGACGGCGGAAUGCGAGAGGGCCUUCGAGCAGAUGAAGCUACACCUGGCCAGCCUCCCUCGACUCGCUUCGAUCUCCCCGGGGGAGAAGUUGGGCCUCUACCUUGCCGUCUCCCGGCACGCGGUCAGUUCGGUUCUAGUCAAAGAAAUCUCCGGCGAUCAACUGCCGGUCUACUACGUCAGCCACAUGCUGAGCGGGCCAGAAGAACGCUACCCGCCGAUCGAAAAGCUGGCGGUGGCGCUCGUCCUGUCGGCACGGAAGCUCCGCCCUUACUUCCAGGCCCACCCGAUAGAGGUAAUAACUGAUCAGCCGCUUCGGCUUGUUCUGUCCAAAUUCGACGUUGCAGGGCGUCUCCUCAAAUGGGCAGUGGAGCUCGGCGAGCAUGACAUACAGUACGUACCUCGGACCGCCAUUAAAGCCCAGUCCGUGGCAGACUUCAUUGCGGAGCUGACCCCGAAUACAGGCGAAGAACUCGAGCCACCGCGUGACACGUGGACCCUCCACGUAGAUGGCUCGGCCAACGCAAAAGGCGCCAGCGCAGGGCUGGUACUGGUAACACCUGACGGCCGCUCGAUUGAGCGCUCCUUCCGCUUCGGGUUCAGGGCCACCAACAACGAGGCAGAAUACGAGGCUCUCCUGGCGGGGCUCCAGUUGGCACUAGAAAUGCGGGUGACCGACAUACGCGUCAUCACCGACUCACAGCUGGUGGCUAGGCAGCUCGACGGCGAAUACGAGGCCCGGGACCCGACUAUGGCGAAAUACCUAGCACAGGUAAGAAGCCUUGCCGCCAGGUUCACCCAUUUUGAAUUGUCGAAUGUUCCCUGGUGCGAGAACCAGCGAGCCGACACCCUGGCUAAACUGGCGUCCGGCCCGGCUCCCUGGGCUCGGCCCGAGACCGAAGAACUCCCCCGCCGAGCCAUAGAGGUCGUCGCCACCGUCGCUCACGGCGCGCCGGCCACUUGGGUACAGGAGAUGUUACGCUUCAAGCAGGACGGGACCCUGCCCGACAAUACAACUACAGCUCGGCGCUUGCGUCGGACACAGGCGUGGUACACCGAGGAAGGAGGACGGCUGUACAAGCGGUCCUUCUCGCGCCCCCUGUUGCGCUGCCUGGAGCCGAGCGAAGCCUGGACGGUUCUGUCCGAUAUGCACGAAGGGGCCUGUGGGGAACACAUAGGCGAACGAGCCCUGGCGCACAAGGUACUCCGACAGGGGUACUACUGGCCGACCAUGCGCCAGGACGCAAAAGCUCUCGUGCGGCGGUGCAGCUCAUGCCAGGAGCACGCCCGCACCGCCCGACGGCCGACGGUCCUAUUCACCCCCGUCGACUGUGCCUGGCCAUUUGCGCAAUGGGGACUAGACAUACUCGGGCCUCUCCCGCCCACCUCCGGCCAGCGGAAGUACAUCAUCGUGGGAGUGGACUACUUUAUCAGAUGGGUCGAAGCCGAGCCCCUAGCAACCAUCACGGAGUCGCAAGUGGAAAGGUUCGUGUGGAGAAACAUCAUAACUCGUUUCGGCCUGCCCCAGUCCAUCGUCACCGACAAUGGACCUCAGUUCGCCGGCAGGAAAUUCUAG